GCCUGGGCUCGUACAGGCAGCUACACUGGGCGAUUCGCCGAGUGAAUUGUUCACGGAGCAUUGGUCUCUGCGAGUGAGUCCUUUGAAUUUGCGGAGCAUUGUGCCCCGUUGAGAAUUCCGAAACGUGCAGAGCAUUGGCCUCUGCAAACAACAUCCUGCACGUGCAGAGCAUUGGCCUCUGCUAGGAGUCCUCAGUUCGCGGAGCAUUGGUCUCUGCAGAGGAUUCCUCAACGUGCAGAGCAUUGGCCUCUGGAAAAGAUUGUGAAUUUCCUUUGAAGUUUUGCUGAGGCCUUGUCGUUCCUCUGUGACAUCCUCCCUUCAGAAUGGCUUCUGGAUUCCCAAAAAAGACACCAACACCUCGUCUUUUGCUGAGGGAAAGACUGCAGCCUAACACUCUGCUUCCCUCUAAGUUCCAGCAGGAGAAGUUUGCCAAGAUGAAGAAGAAGGAGGCCAGCACUGGGGGGAGUAUUCUGCCCAGAAUUGGCCCAUGGAUAGACCUGAGCAAGACUGGUCCAAAGCUGCCGUCAGCUCCCCCAAAGCAGAACUUGGUGCAGAUUUCCCCACCAGAGGUGAUAUUUCAGAACUUCAACACUCAUGAUGUCUCUGAAAUGACAGUGUCUCUCAUGAAUGUGGACAAGUUUCCUCAUGUGGUGAAGGUCUCCAUGGAGAGAUCACCUUACUUCCAGGUCAUGGGCUCCAACGAUGCCUACCGUCUCCUGGUGCCGGCCGUGUCUGUCCCUGUGCGCAUCCGCUUCAGCCCCGGCGAGAACAAGGAUUAUUCCCACAAGCUGGUCUGUGUCACUGAAAGGGAAAGGAUAGUGGUGCCAAUUCGGGCCAUUGCUGCCCGAGCUAUCCUGGACUUCCCUGACCAGCUGGACUUCUCCACAUGUCCAGUGAAGUGCAGCACGCAGAAGACUCUGCUGCUCCGCAACACCGGGAACCUGGAAGCUUGUUUCCAGCUGAGCACCCAGAGGCAGAGUCUUUUUGGGCAGUCACAGAGAGAGCUGCAGCAAGAAAAAUUAAUGGAGGAGAAAGAAACAGGGAAGGAGAAGGGCUCUUGUGAAGAUCGUGCUGCCAGCCUGAGAGCCUCGGGGGAGAUGGCAAAGGUGCACCAAGACCCCAUGUUCUCUGAUGACUUUUUUUUCAUUGAGCCAAUGGAGGGAGAAAUCGAGCCGGAUGGUUUGGCCAAAAUCAAGAUGACUUUCAAACCCCUGGAAGCAGUGGAGUAUCAAAGUGUGGCUUAUUGCAGCAUCUCAGGCCGUGAGAGCAGGCUGCCCCUGCAGCUCAGAGGGGAAGGCCAAGGACCCUUGGUUGAGCUCAGCUGUGACACUCUGGAGCUUGGGGACAUUUUUGUCAACACCCCCCAUGUCUGUGAGGUGAACCUGAUCAACCAAGGAGCUCUUGAUGCUCCCUUCAGAUACAUCCCUGCAGCCACAAAGGUGGGCUUGGGAUUCAAGUUGGCACCCCAGGAGGGCAUCAUUGCAGCAGGUGGGAGCCAGACUCUCCAGAUCUCCUUCAGUGCCACCGUGUUGGGGAGGUUUGAGGAAGAAUUGCGGUUCAGUGUGGCUGGAUCUCCUACGCCUGCCAUCCUGACCAUCAAGGGCAGCGUCACUGGACCGAGUUUGCACUUCGACCUCCCUGAGCUCGACUUCGGGGACAUCUCCUUUGGCUUUCCCUACACCCAGUGCUGCCGGCUCACUAACAGCUCCCCGGUGCCCGUGACGUUCCAGCUCCGCAUGUCGUUCGAUGGCACGCAGCCGGCUGUGGACAGCGUGGAUCAGAUCCGCUGCCACAGUGACCCAGCCUGGAGGAAGGGCGUUCACUUGUAUGUGGAGCCCCGGGAGUUUACAAUCACUCCCAGCCGAGGGACCAUCCUGCCCCAGGGACACCAGGACAUCCAGGUGACCCUGUGUUCCAACUCGGUGAUGGAGUUCUACAGGAAAAUGCUGGUGGAUCUGGAGGGUUUUGGCAAGGGAGUGGCAUCACUGGUCAUCACAGCCAGAUGUCUCGUUCCAAAGCUGCAAGUGUCCCCCCACGUGCUGCAAUAUGAUGAGUGCCUCCUGAAGGUGCCAUAUGAGAAGAAGUUCCUGAUUAGGAAUCCCAGCCACCUGCCUGGCUGCUACGGGCUCAUUGAACAGAAACGCAAGGAGGACUCUGCUGUGCUCUACUCCAGCCCCAAGCCCUGUGGGAUUGUCCAGCCUCACAGCACUGCAGAGAUCCCAGUGCUGGUGGAAGUGCAGGCGCUGGGCGCGCAUCGCACCAAUGUUCUCAUCGGCGUGUUCGGGGAUGAGAGAAACCCACUGGCUUCCAGUAUCCUGCCAGUGUCAGGUGUGUUGCAGCCAGGAGAGAGCCAGCAGGUCUCCUUGCCCUUCUCUGGCCACCUCAACAGCAUCUCCAGUGCCACGGCGCUGUGCCACGUGGAGGGAGGCCCCAGCUCCGAGGUGCUGGUGCCCGGGGAGGCCUCACGUGUCAGCUGCUCCCCGAGCCCCCAGGAGAUCAACUGUGGCUCUGGGGCACCUCUCAGGGAGAGAAGGGAGCUGAAGCGGCCGGCUCCAAAGCUUGAGGAGGAGACAAAAGCCUUGGCGGAGGAAGAGAGGCAGAAGGAGAAAGAGAAGCAGAAGAAAGCAAAGAAGGGUGUCUCUGUGGGGAAGGAACCUCCAAAAGCAGAGAAGGGGAAAACCAAACCCCCAGAGAAGAAGGAAAGCAAGGCCCCAGAGAAGAAGGAUACCAAAAUCCCAGAGCGGAUGGAAACCAAAGCCCCAGACAAGAUAGAAACCAAACUCCCAGAAAAGAAAAGCAAACCUCCAGAAAAGAAGGAAACCAAAUUCCCAGAGAGGAAGGAAAGCAAGGCCCCAGAGAAGAAGGACACCAAAGCAUUAUUAGAGAAGAAGGAAACUAAAUUCCCAGAGAAGAAGGAAACCAAAGCUCCAGAGAAGAUUGAAAACAAACUCCCAGAAAAGAAAUACAAACCUCCAGAAAAGAGGGAAUCCAAAUUCCCAGCAAAGAAGGAAACCAAAGCUCCAGAGAAAAUUGAAAACAAACUCCCAGAAAAGAAAUACAAGCCUCCAGAGAAGAGGGAAUCCAAAUUCCCGAAGGAGAAGGAAACCAAAGCUCCAGAGAAGAUUGAAAACAAACUCCCAGAAAAGAAAAACAAACAUCCAGAUAAGAGGGAAUCCAAAUUCCCAGAGAACAAGGAAACCAAAGCUCCAGAGAAGAUUGAAAACAAACUCCCAGAAAAGAAAUACAAACCUCCAGAAAAGAGGGAAAUCAAAAUCCCAGAGAGGAAGGAAAGCAAAGCACCAGAGAGGAAGGAAUUGAAAAUCCUAAAGAAGGAAACCAAAUCUCCAGAGAAGAGAAGCAAAGCUCCAGAAAAGAAGGAAACCAAAUGCCCAGAGAGGAAGGAAAUCAAAAUCCCAGAGAAGGAAAGCAAGGCACCAAAAAAGAAGGAACCCAAAGCCCCAAAGAAGGGGGAAGCCAAAGUGCCAGAGAAGAGAGAGACCAAAACCCCAAAGAAGAAGGAACCCAAAGCCCCAAAGAAGGGGGAAGCCAAAGCCUGAAAGAAGGGAGGAACCAAAAUCCCAGAGAACCCAGCUGAGCUGGAGAAGAACUCUUUAUUUUAUUCACACAACUUAUUUUAUACAGUUUGACAAACCUAAUGUGCCACUUUAGUUAGUUAAUAGAUUUCUUAUUAUUAGUUAUGCCAGUUAUUCUGUUGGAUAAUAAAAUAUAUUUUACUUGUGCAUCAAA